GUGGAAUACGGGUAGGAGCAGUGGGCUGCGUAAUCUAGAUAGCCGUCAUCACAGACAGCUCUGCAGAUUGAGGCGCUGAUUUGACAGUAAACAUGGUGCUGCUCACGAUGAUCGCUCGGCUGGCGGACGGACUGCCUCUGGCGGCCUCCAUGCAAGAAGACGAACAGAUGGGUCGAGACAUGCAGCAGUAUCAGAGCCAGGCCAAACAGCUGUUUCGGAAGCUUAAUGAACAGAGUCCAACACGCUGCACCCUGGAGGCUGGAUCCAUGACCUUUCAUUACCUGAUAGAGAAAGGGGUGUGUUACUUGGUGCUCUGCGAGGCCGCGUUCUCCAAAAAGCUCGCCUUCGCAUACUUGGAGGAUCUCCAUGCCGAGUUCCAUGAGCAGUACGGGAAGAAGGUUCACACCGUGUCCAGACCGUACUCCUUCAUCGAGUUUGACACGUACAUCCAGAAAACCAAGAAGUCGUACAUCGACAGCAGAGCUCGCAGGAACCUGGGCAGCAUCAACACCGAGCUGCAGGACGUCCAGAGGAUCAUGGUGGCCAACAUCGAGGAGGUGCUGCAGCGAGGAGAGGCGCUGUCUGCUUUGGAUUCGAAAGCCAGUAACCUGUCCAGCUUGUCCAAGAAAUACCGCAGCGACGCCAAAUACCUGAACACGCGCUCCACCUACGCCAAGCUGGCCGCCGGCGGCGUCUUCUUCAUCAUGCUCAUCGUUUACGUCCGCUUCUGGUGGCUGUGAGGACGAGGACAAGGAUUAGGAGGAAGGAGAGGAGAGGAGGAGGAGGAGGAGGAGACGUGACGGAGGCUUAGAAAUGACUCGAGUGUCGCUCUUCCUUUCCUCAGAGACUGAUGGUUCCGGCACUUUCUGUCCCGUCGCAGCUCACAGACUGAGUUCUGAUUCAUUGAUUGUUAUUCAUAUGUUGUAUGUUUUAUUAACUGUUGCAGAAGCAUGAGUGGAAGAGUGUGUGUGCGUGUGUGUGGAGAAGGCGAUGUGAAUAACAUUAAGGACACGGGAGCUUUACCAGAGGAAAGAGCAUGAAGAGCGCCACCAAGUGGACAAUUUGCCUUAUAUCAUAAUUUCAUCAGAAAGACAAGAAGGUCGCUUCAGUGCUUGUUCGCUCGCUCGCUUGCUCACUCACUCAUUCACUCACUCACACACUCAAUCAUUUACUCACUCAUUCGCCCUCCUUAUGGACGGGUUGCAGAUCCCCCCCUCCCCCACCACCCUCCGUCCCCAGGUUUACAGGCCAGGUGUUGAGCAGUGAAGUACGCCUCUGUGAAAACCACCACAGUAACGAAGAAACAAAAGGAGGAAGAAAGACUCUGGUGUACUUUCAGUUAAUGAUGAAGCAGUUCAGUGUCUGAUGCCUGUAGUUUCAGUGUUUAUUCUAAUAAACACCUGACGUUUCCUUUGA